AUGGCGCCCCUCAAACUGCUCACAGUCGUCAGUUCCUCGCUCUUCCUCCUAGCCAGAGCCAACGGCAAUCCCGUCAGCGAUCCCCCAGCCGACCAGACAACUUAUAAUGUAGCCUUGGGAGAUGAGGGAAAGUGCCUCGAGGAGGUCAAUGCUGCCCGUGUGGCGGCUGGGUUCAGCGAACUCACAAAAGCAACUAAAGCAACAAGCAGGCUGCCUAAAGGAGGCGAUUUCCCGCAAGACGAACAAACUAACUGGGCCUGGAAGCCUGUGUGCGAAGCCUUGAUUCCAACCAAGACAAAAUCAAGGAGCGCUACAGACACUGAGGAUAAAGCUGAGUUCCAGAGCGGCACAUACGCAUACCUUGCGAUUGACGAUGCCGAUUCCGUGGACUGCAAGGCCGUUGUGGAUAAGUGGAAGGACGCCUACAGCAACUUUGAUGGAUUGCCUCCGGCUAACAAGGAAGGCGAGCAGCUUUACGACACUCAGGAGAACGUAUCUUUCGUGGCCCUGUACAACCCUACAAAGGAUGCUACUGCAGACUGUCGUGUCGUCACCUGCACUAAAAAGACGUCUGCAGCCGGAGCGGCAGCCGCCAGCGCAAGAGGCAACGCUGAACAAAACACCGAAACAGCCUCGGCUUUGAUUUGCAUGACCGCACCUGAUGUACUUGCCGACGGAGCGAAGGCCCCUUUCACGUGA